UAGUACUCAGUCUGUCCCACUGAGCUGUCAGCCCUCUCUCCCCCUCUCACUCAGCCCGUCUGUCGCGACAACAUUUUUCCUAUUAAACUUAGCCCGCUUUUCACUUCAACGACGUUUUCCUUCAGAUAACAGCCGCUCUCACCUCACCAUGACUCGAAGGUGAUCUUCAGAGUGUCCAGGUGGUUCUGGGGUUCCAGGUUGGUGUGGUGAGAGAGCAAGCUAAUUGCAGGGAGGAGGAGACCGCCUGGGGCAUCUUGUCCCUGGCUCGCAAGUGACUAAGGCAGGGGCUUAGCAAACUGUUCUGCAGCAUGGAGAAAGAAGACCUGAAGGUCCUCAACAAAGGGGAAGAAGAGGAGAUGGAGCUGCAGGGCUACCGUCUAUGUCGUUGGCGGCUGGCCCUGGUGGGCCUCGGGGUGCUGUGUACAGGGGGCUUCCUCCUCCUGCUGCUCUACUGGAUGCCAGAGUGGUGCGUCAAAUCCACCUGCACCCGUACCACAGCUCGAGAUGCUAAAGUCGUUUUGAUGCGUUCCACGGAUGAGUUCCGGCGCUGGUUCCUGGCCAGGGUUCGAGUGAUGCUGGCCCCAGGGAGCAACCCCUUCCACAGCCUGGACACCCAGACCACCUCCCCCUCCUCCCUGUCCUCCCCUUCCUCUCCCUCCCACCCCUUCUCCUCCCAUGCCUCCCCUCCUCUGGCCAACGGACAUAGUCCCCAUCCCUCCGAUGGCAGCCCCGCUCAAGAGCUAAUCAGUAGAUUUUCAUACUACCAGCCCAUACAGAUUCGUUAUUUUACCUUCCAUAGCACAAAGUAUUAUUGGAACGAAGAGCUGCAGAACUUUGAAGUUUUAAAUGGCCUGGAGGAUCUGCAGGUCAGCUGCUCCACCCUCCACUCUGAGCACAGCGCAGGCCUGACCAGGAACCAGCAAGAGUACAGGAGAUUGUUCUUCGGAGUGAAUGAAAUUGCAGUGAAAGUGCCUUCUGUUUUCAAGCUGCUUAUCAAAGAGGUCCUCAAUCCUUUCUACAUCUUCCAGCUCUUCAGUGUGAUCCUGUGGAGUGCCGAUGAGUAUUACUACUAUGCUGUGGCCAUUGUUUUCAUGUCGGUCAUAUCCAUAGCUACCUCUCUGUACACCAUCAAAAAGCAAUAUGUCAUGCUUCAUGAUAUGGUGGCAACUCACAGUAUCGUCCGUGUGUCUGUAUGCAGGGCCAACAAAGAUAUCGAGGAGAUCAUGUCUACAGAUCUUGUGCCUGGUGAUGUUAUGAUUAUCCCCAGCAAUGGGACCAUCAUGCCAUGUGACGCCGUGCUGGUCAGCGGCACCUGCAUCGUCAAUGAAAGCAUGCUCACAGGUGAGAGUGUUCCUGUGACAAAGACCAACCUCCCAAAUCCUGAACCAGGGGAGAGGAGGGAGGAAGCUGACAGUGCCUACAACACAGAGGAGUAUAAGAGACACACACUCUUCUGCGGCACCAAUGUCAUCCAGACCCGUUUCUACACAGGAGAACUGGUCAAGGCUGUUGUGGUCCGCACAGGUUUCAGCACAGCCAAAGGCCAGCUGGUGCGCUCCAUCCUUUAUCCAAAACCCACCGACUUCAAGCUGUACCGUGAUGCCUACCUCUUCCUGUUGUGUCUGGUGGCUGUGGCUGGAAUUGGCUUUGUCUACUCCAUUGUCCUCAGCAUCAUGAACAAGGUGCCAGCCAAGACCAUCAUCAUUGAAUCUCUGGACAUCAUCACUAUCACUGUGCCACCAGCGCUGCCCGCCGCAAUGACAGCUGGCAUCGUCUACGCCCAGCGACGACUCAGAGACAUCGGCAUUUUCUGUAUCAGCCCACAGAGGAUCAAUAUCUGUGGACAAAUCAAUCUGGUUUGUUUUGACAAGACUGGAACUCUGACAGAAGAUGGGUUAGAUCUGUGGGGAGUUCAGAGGGUUGAGAACGGAAGUUUCCACUUGUCAGAGGAAAAUGCCUAUAAGGAAAACCUUGUCAAGUCCCAGUUUGUGGCCUGUAUGGCCACCUGCCACUCUCUCACCAAAAUAGACGGCCAGCUGUCUGGAGACCCACUAGACCUAAAAAUGUUUGAGGCCACGGGCUGGCUCCUGGAAGAGGCCACUGAGGAGGAAACAGCCCUCCACAAUCGUAUCAUGCCCACUGUGGUUCGACCCCCAAAACAACUGUUGCCCCCGGAGCCAGCUGCAUCACCAGACCAGGACAUGGAGUUAUACGAGCUAGCCACAGCGUACGAGAUCGGUAUUGUCCGCCAGUUUCCCUUUUCCUCAGCACUCCAGAGGAUGUGUGUGGUGGCUCGUCUGCUGGGGGAGAAACGCAUGGAUGCUUACGUAAAGGGCGCACCAGAGGUGGUGGCUAGUCUUUGCAGAAAAGACACAGUGCCAGAAAACUUUGCGGAGGUUUUGGAGGGCUAUACCAAGCAGGGUUUCAGGGUCAUAGCUCUGGCUCAUCGUCGACUUGAAUCAAAACUCACCUGGCACAAAGUCCAAAAUGUCAACAGGGAUCACAUCGAGACAAACGUGGAGUUCCUUGGUCUGAUCAUCAUGCAGAACAAGCUCAAGGCUGAAACCCCGGCGGUUCUGCAAGACCUCCGCCAAGCACACAUCCGCACUGUCAUGGUUACCGGUGACAACAUGCUGACCGCCAUCUCUGUGGCCCGAGACUGUGGGAUGAUCCCUCCCCAGGACACAGUGAUCAUUGCUGAUGCCUUCCCUCCACAUAAUGGACAAGCUGCCAAGAUCACCUGGCGAUAUGCUGACAAACCAAGCAAGACACCUCGCCUGGAGGAAGUGACAAUCAGUCUGGAGGAUAAUUUCCACAUAGAUGAGCAAAAACCACAAGAGCUGUACCACUUUGCCAUGAAUGGAAAAUCAUUUGCUGUCAUCGAGGAACAUUUCCCUGACAUGCUUCAAAAGCUUGUGCUGCAUGGGACAGUGUUUGCCAGAAUGGCCCCUGACCAGAAAACCCAGUUAAUUGAGGCGCUGCAGGCUGUCGACUACUUUGUGGGGAUGUGUGGAGAUGGAGCAAACGACUGUGGGGCUCUUAAGAGGGCUCAUGGUGGCAUCUCCCUGUCCGAGCUUGAGGCGUCUGUAGCAUCUCCCUUCACCUCCAGGACCCCCAACAUUUCCUGUGUACCCAGCCUCAUAAGGGAGGGGCGUGCUGCUCUCAUCACCUCCUUCUGUGUUUUCAAGUUCAUGGCGCUCUACAGCAUCAUCCAGUACAUUAGUGUCACUCUCCUCUACUCUAUCCUCAGUAACCUUGGAGACUUCCAGUUCCUUUUUAUUGACAUGGCCAUCAUUCUCGUUAUUGUCUUUACCAUGAGUUUAAACCCAGCGUGGAAAGAACUAGUGGCACGUCGCCCCCCAUCAGGUCUGAUCUCAGGGCCUCUGCUGUUCUCUGUGCUGACCCAGAUCCUCAUCUGCUUGGGCUUCCAGACCAUCACUUUCCUCUGGGUCCGACACCAGCCCUGGUACACAGUCUGGACACCGCAUACAGAUGUCUGCAACCACUCAUCACACCUCAAUGUCUCUGACCACAACGACACCGAAUUGGACGACCACAACAUCCAAAACUUUGAGAACACCAGCCUCUUCUAUGUCUCCUGCUUCCAGUAUCUCAUCAUUGCCAUCGUUUUCUCGAAAGGAAAACCUUUCAGACAGCCGAGCUACAAGAACUGGCCUUUUGUGCUGUCUUCCUUCUUUUUGUACGUUUGCCUGCUGUUCAUCAUGUUCUACCCUGUCCAAAGCAUUGAUAAGUUUCUAGAGAUUGUGUGUGUCCCAUUUGAGUGGAGAGUUAAACUCUUCCUCAUCAUCCUCGUCAACGCUGCUGCGUCUAUUUUGAUGGAGACCUUCGUCCUUGACAUCAUCUUAUGGAAGCUUGUAUUCAGCCGAGACAAACAGGGAAGCUUUGUCGACACUCCUGCCGCCCAGACACCACAGCGGGGGAUUAACCUGGGCACAUACAAGUGUCUGUCCUGGCUGUGCUGCCCACGCAAGAUGGCGCCCAAGGCCCGCUACAUGCAUCUAGCCCAGGAGCUCAGUGUGGACCCUGACUGGCCUCCAAAGCCAACCACCACCACUGAAGCCAAGCCCCGCCCAGAAAAUGGCUCCACCUAUCACAUCAUGGUCAACUCCUAGCCCCCCCCCAUGGUUCCUCCUAGUAUCAAAUUGAAAUUAACAUGUGUUCAGCGAACACACAUUCAAUCUCUUGAAUUGGGUUGAGACUUGCAGCUCAUACUGUAGUUCCAGAGACUGUACAGCUAAAAUAAUCUUACACAGAAGCACCAAAUAAAUCUGAGUCCUCUCAGCACUCUGGCUCAACAACUCAUGUGCUCUCAGGUCUCUCUAGUUUGUGUAAAUUACAUUUAAACAUCAAGUAAUACUAAAUGGAAUCCCCUCUUGGUGUCUGAUCAUUUAUAAAUGCAGAAUCAAAAGAUGGUUGAUAAGACAGGUCAGUUUUGUUGACCUCUGCAGAUGACCUUUUCAGAUCUAUAUUCUUUAAAAGGUGUACAAGUACAAAAUAGAGCCCCCUUGCCAGUCCAAUUCAGAGCUUUCCUCUUACAUUCAUGUGCUGGCACAAUUUCCUAGGAGAAUCUUGAAUGAUUGCUUGUAUGCCAUUAUAUCAUAUCAUAUUACAAUAACUUAUAGACCAUAAAACUAGAUUUCAACUUUUGGUGAAGUUGAAACAAAGUAACUAGACAUAAAGUCUGUUAAAACUAAGGCCCUAAAAAGAACUAGCUACUCUGACUGAAAGGCCAAGUGAUAGAAGAAAUGGUCUGGAUGAGUUUGAGGAGGGAGGCAGAGAAAGAGGUGAGUGGGAGGAAAUGGUGGAGUGGAGGAUGGGUGGAUUGAUGCAUAGAUACUCUUAGUUGACUUUGAUUGCUACUAUUUAGUGGUCUUUUACAGUUCUAUACUUUAGACUACUAAAUGAUGACACUUAGAAACAUAUCUGUGAUUGCAUUUUCACUCCUAAUUAGGCUGAAACAUAAUAUGAAUUCAAACAUCAUGUUUUGUAAGACAGUAAAUGCAUCAAGAGAACAGUGAUGGAGACAUGCAAGUCUUUUUUCAACGACAUGCUGUGGAAGUAUCUCCAUUGUUUUUGUCGGUUUGCUAGAGUUUAGCGUUAUGAUUAUAACAGAGAUUGUUAAGUAGAAAAGUAUAAAAAAAAACAAAAAAAGACUAACUUAAUUUCAGCUUUGUAAGACACAUAAGCCUCAUGGAUCCUGUGACCUUUUGGUCCAAGUUGAAGUACUAUUUCACGUCUUGUCAUUGGAACGGUUACAGACAUUUAUUGUCCAGCUUUUUCAUGUCCUUCAACCAACCGUUUAACAAGUGUAUAACAGGAUAUCUCUGAAACUAAUGACUAUAUUCUCAACGACCGCAGCUGUACUUUCAAAUUAAUGCUAUUUUGAAUGUGAAAUACUGAAGGCUAGCUCAAGUCUUGUUCGACAGGGAACAUAAUAGCUUUGCCUCUCACACUCCUUCAGGUGAAACUUUUUGUUUCACUAUUGAAACAUAAUACUUAAGAACAGCAAACAUGUCUCUCCUUGAGCUCUUUUCUUGGGCCCCUAGUGUACUUAAAAAUGUAGAAUCUUAUAUUUUUGCAUCUAUGAGUCGAGCCCUGUCAGCAUAUUAGGACAUCAGACAGGAAACAGAAAGCUUACAAUGACUUGCAUGAAGCCAGCUACCUAUCAUCAUGUUCUAAAGACUUGAUAGUUUGAAUCCUGAAAAUAUCAUUACAAAUGCGGCAUAACUGUAGAAUUAAGAAACAUUUACAUCAACAUGUCUUCAUUUAAGAGCUGCAUGAAUAUGGAUGGUUACUGUGGAACGUUUACCUCAUGCAUGACAUCAUUAUAUACAUCAUUCAUCUACAUGGUCAUGUCAGAUGAGUUCAAGGAAGCCAGCAGCACUACAAAUAUAUUUCUGUUAAAAAAAAAAAAAAGAAGAAAAUAAUUCUUCCCAUGGAAGACUGAUUUAAAAUGAUGUAAAUUAAGGCAAAGCAUUUAAAUCUCAUCAGCUCGCUGCUCUAAGCACAUUUAAAACAUCCAUGCAACAACACAUGCUGCAUAAAUGGAUGGACCGUAUAUAAUUGUAUUCAUGCGUUAAAUAUAGGCUACUUGCAUGGAGAGCUAAGGGCUAUAUUGUAUGUUCACUGCUCCCUCAUUUAAAUUCAAGGUGUUGUUUCCCAAAAGCUUUUUUCAGUUUCAAACACUUCAUCACGUGGUGGGUACUGAGUUCUAAAAUGUUUGUUUGAUGAGUUUACGAGGCAGUUGACAUUAAAGUGACAUUAGUGGAUUCAUUAUUUGCCUCAAGAAUGGAUCACUGGAAAUCAUAUUAAUUCAUUGAUUGAGAGAUAACCACAGCCACUAUAAACUAAAUGCUCAAAGAGGCAUUUUAAGGGUGGAGUAUAACUUUAAGGCACAGUGCUGGCCGGUUCUAACUAUACUCAUUAUAGCAGCCUGUCAUGAAUUAUGUGAGUUAAUGCUUUCAACUAGUCUUGUGUCACAAAGUACAACAAUUCAAAGGUCUUUCAAACUAUAUGUAACGUUGCUCUUUCUGUUUGAAAAACACUGUAUUACAUGACUCUUCAUGUGUAACACACGACUUCACAUUUAGCUUGUCCUCUGACUGUCAUUAUUUCAUUCAUUUAGAAAGGAGAUCACAACACAUUUCCUACUAUAUCAGUAAUAACUAGAGUCUGAAGUUGCUCAGUUCCUAAAAGCCAUUAACUGUUCAGAGACUAGUCAUAAAAUCCCAAAUCCAUACGGUUUAAUGACAAGCUCAAAUGGGAUCUGUGUCCAUACUUUGAAUGAUUACAUUAUUUAUUUGAUAAGCAAAGUUAUAGUAUUUUGUUAUAGUAUUUUUUGGUAAAUUAUUAGUGUGAGAAGAUGGAUAUAUUUAUAUGAAAAAAAAAAUGAUUGAGAAAUGCACAACAUGGCUCAAAUGGACGUUCUUGUCCCAAUCGAUGGAAUGAUUCUAAAGAAAAUUGUUAGAAAUGUCGAUGUUACUUAUUUCUGUUCGAUAUCAAAAAUGAUGCUGGUAUGAUUCAACUUGGGUCGUGUUUUUUUCUGUCUAUUUUAUUUACAGUCACUUCUUUUUUUAGUCAGGCUAGAAUUGAAUGUUGUGUAAAGGAAAAAAAAAAGUAUAAAUUUAUUGCAGGCAAUACAAUGUUUAUUGAAUCUAUUUCCAAAGAGUUUCCGUUUCACCUUCAUUUGAAAAACAAAGAAGAAAAAGUUCAAUUUUAGCCUGUGUUAAAUUCUCUCAAAUAUGAUUUGAUUCAGUAGAGACUUACUUUAAAAAGUAACCGUUAUAAUAUAUAUAUUCGAUUCUAUCUGUAUAUAUGAGAUAUACAUUUCUAGUGUGUGCAUUAAAGUCACAAGAUUUAGUUAUUGAAAAUGUAUGGUGUUUGGAUUAUCAAAGGGCUGGUGUGUGUUUUUCUACUAUUCUGGUACUGUGUUACAAUCAGUUCUAUGUCUACUCAUGGCUUUUGGGUUUAUUUUACUUUCACUUUUGUUAAGGACUUGCAUUAUCUUGGGUUUUCCUUAUUUCGUCAUCUUGGGCAUUUAUCACACAAUAUGAAAAUUGUAAAGUAUGAUUGGGGCACAUGGAUCAAUGUUUUUUCUGUCUUGGGUGAACUUUACGCAACUCAUGUCUGCAUUAGAGUUUAAUGAAAGUUAAACUCAGAGCAACUUGAAUGGAGAGAUUUCUUUGUUCUUCAGGUUAAUGAAGUAUAUUAAAUCCUCCUAUGUACUGGUUGCUUCUCUUUGGUCUCAAUACUUUGACACAAGAAGGGAAUUUAAUUCAUUUAGUCUUUCUGGCACCUCUAAACAAAUUCACAACUAUCAGCAACAUCUGACAGUCUUGACACUUCUCUGUUUGAGCACUAAAUGUACUUGUUUCACUGUUUAAAAUCUUUUAUAUCCAUGUCAAAUUAAAAUGUAAUUGGCAAAAAGAAUGUGCAUUGCUGCUCGAUAUCAGCAGUCUAUUGUAGAAAUGAUUAUAUUGCUGCUAUGGGCAAAAUGAUUCAGUCUAAGCUGUGUCAUAACUGCACCUUAAUACAGAAGAAGUCAUCAGUUCAUUGAUGUGUAAAUACUAAUGCUUUGGUUCAACGCUACAGCUUUGCCUUUUAAUCUGACACUGCUUUGUCAAGCAAUGGAUUUAAUGCUGAAACCUCUUUGCUCUCAUACAGGUACAACAUAUACCGACUGUUGACAGUUAGCAUCGGCCUCUUAUUCACAUCAUGUAUUUUUAACAAAACAUCAAAUGGCAUUGAGAUCGAGUCAACCACAGAGUAUCUGAAGCCUCAUGUGGAUGUUGUUUCCUCAGGGAAAUGUGUCUAUUUGUAAUGAAGAAUAAAAGAAUAAUAAAAAUGUA